AUGAGAUCAACCACAAUAUUAGCAAUUAGUCCUUUUGCUUUAGCAUCUAUACUAGACAACAAAAAUUUAGUACAAGAAAAGAAUGUUUUACGUGACAUUGCAGAUGAUGCUGCUUCAGGUGUUGCAGGAGUAAUAAAUACAGUUACAUCUGGAGCUGUUGGAGCUUUUGGUACAGCAACUUCAGGAGCAGUAGGGGCAUAUAGUACAGCAACUUCAGGAGCAGUCGGGGCAUUUAGCACUGCCACUUCUGGUGGUGCAUCUGUCGGUCAAGGUAUUACCUCAGGAGCUGGUUCAGUUGUUGGAGCUGGUGGUGAUAAUACUUCAUCUAUAUCUUCUCAAUUAAGUGAAACUAGCAGUGAAUCUUCAACUGAGAGUCAGAGUCAAAAUUCACAAAGCUCACAAACUUCGGAGAAUUCUAGUGGUACAAGUACGAGAAGUGAAAGUACUAGUUCAGCCUCAACAAGAAGUGGAUCUACAAAUUCAGAAACUUCAGGAUCAUCUAAUGAUGCUAUAAAGUAUAUGAGUUCUGGUGCUUUAUUAUAUGUAGCUGCUUUAGCAUUACUUUAG